UGUUUAUAAUACAAUUGGCUCAAUCCAUAUAAUCAAUACAUUUUCGUGUUACUCAAUGGACAUUCUUCCUUUCAUGAUUUUAUUUGCAUGCAUACUUUCUCUUUCUCUCAAAAUCUCCGUAGCAAAUGAUUCUAUCAACGUGCUCCAGUCCCUGAGAGAUGGGAAGACCUUGGUGUCAAAAGGUGGAAAGUUCGAACUUGGUUUUUUCAAUCCAGGUAGUUCCCAGAAACGUUACCUAGGCAUAUGGUACAAGAAUAUCCCAGUUCAGACAGUUGUUUGGGUUGCAAAUAGGGUAAACCCUAUCAAUGAUUCCUUAGGCAUCUUAACAGUGAACUCCACAGGAAAUCUUGUUCUCACUCAAAACGGGUCUCUUGUUUGGUGCACAAACUCUCACAAACAAGCACAGAAUCCAGUGGUAGAGCUCUUGGACAGUGGCAAUCUUGUGAUAAGAAAUGAGGCAGAUACAAACCCAGAAGCGUACUUGUGGCAAAGUUUUGAUUAUCCAUCUGAUACAGUUUUGCCAGAGAUGAAAAUCGGAUGGGACCUCCGAACCGGUUUGGAACGAAGACUAACAUCUUGGAAGAGUUCAGAUGAUCCAUCACUUGGAAAUGGUUAUUAUGUUAUGAAUAACUGUAGCUAUCCUGAUAUGUAUACAUUGGAGAGAACACAAAAGUUAUCCCGGUUUGGUCCUUGGAAUGGCAUGUACUUUAGUGGAAUACCAGGUCUACAAAACAACACCAUUUUUGGCAUUAGUUUUGUCAGCAAUAAGGAUGAAGUUUACAGCUCCUUUAGCAUCUUCAGUAACAUAACCAUCGCCAGAACUGUAAUAAACCAAACAGGUUAUAUUUAUCGCUAUGUAUGGGUGGAGGAUGAUGGAGAUUGGAGGACAUAUAGAUCCUUCCCUUUGGAGUUUUGUGACACUUAUGGCCUCUGUGGACCCUACGGGAACUGCCUAAGUACUCAAUCCCAAGCCUGCCAAUGUUUGAAAGGUUUCAGACCAAAGUCACCAGAAGCAUGGAUCUCAUCUGGGUGGAGUCAAGGAUGUGUACGCAAUAAACCAUUAAACUGCAAACACAAACUCACAGAAGGGUUUGUGAAAUUUAAAGGCCUCAAAGUUCCAGACACUACACAUACUUGGUUGGAUGAGAGUAUUGGUCUAGAGGAAUGUAGAGUCAAGUGCUUGAAUAAUUGUUCUUGCAUGGCCUUUACUAAUUCAGAUAUUAGAGGUAGAGGUAAUGGUUGUGUCAUGUGGUUUGGAGAUCUCAUUGACUUGAAACAGUUUGAAACUGGUGGCCAAGAUCUAUAUAUCAGGAUGGAUGCUUCUGAGUUAGAACCUGUAUCUAGCCACAAGAAGAACACGCCAACAAUAGUUGCUUCCACCAUUGCUGCAAUCUGUGGGGUUCUUAUACUAAGUACUUAUUUUAUUUGCAGAUUCCGGAGGAGCAGUGCAGGAAAUGAAUUGACACGAGAUGACAAUGAAAAAAAUGUGGAUGAUCUUGACAUCCAAUUGUUUGAUCUAGCAACAAUUAUGAUUGCCACUAAUAAUUUCUCCAUGGAGAAUAAGAUUGGGGAAGGUGGUUUUGGAUCUGUAUACAAGGGAGUAUUAAUGGAUGGACAAGAAAUUGCUGUAAAGACUCUAUCAAGAAGCUCAUGGCAAGGGGAAAUAGAGUUCAUUAAUGAAGUAAAAUUGAUUGCAAAACUUCAACAUCGAAAUCUUGUAAAACUUCUUGGUUGCUUCAUUCAAGGACAAGAAAAAAUGCUAAUUUAUGAGUACAUGGCAAGUGGUAGCCUAGACUCCUUUAUUUUUGAUGAUACAAAAAGUAAAUUGUUAGGGUGGCCUCAACGCUUACAUAUAAUUUGUGGAAUUGCAAGGGGACUUAUGUAUCUUCAUCAAGAUUCUCGAUUGAGGGUUAUCCAUAGAGAUCUCAAAGCCAGUAAUGUUUUGCUUGAUGAAAAUUUGAGUCCAAAAAUAUCAGAUUUUGGAUUGGCUAGAGUAUUCAAAGGAGAUCAAAUUGAAGGAAACACAAGUAGAGUAGUUGGGACCUAUGGGUAUAUGGCACCAGAAUAUGCUACUGAUGGAUUAUUUUCUGUGAAAUCUGAUGUCUUUAGCUUUGGAAUUUUAGUGUUAGAGAUUGUGUGUGGCAAGAGAAAUAGAGGACUUUAUCACACAGAUAAGAAUAUUAACCUCGUUGGUCAUGCAUGGACAACAUGGAAAGAUGGUAAGGCAUUAGAGUUGAUUGACUCAAGGAUGAAGGGGUCAUGUGUUAUAUCAGAAGUACUACGUUGCCUCCAUAUCGGUCUUUUGUGUGUGCAACAAUACCCAGAAGAUAGACCUACAAUGGCGUCCAUUAUUCUUAUGUUGGAGAGCCACAUGGAAUUAGUUGAGCCUAAAGAACAUGGCUUCAUUCCUAGAAAUGUUGUAGUUAAAGAAAAUUUACACUUAAGUAAAAAGGAUACAAGUUCAUCCAAUGAUGUGACAAUUACAAUGUUAGAAGCUCGAUGAAUCUCACAAAAUUAAUUAAUUGGAUAUACUAAAUUUAGAUAUAUGCAGACAUUGAAAGGAUUUAUAUAUGAAAACCA